AUGACGGCCACAUAUACAAAUCUCUAUCCUCGCGAGGCCGAGUUUAAUGGCAAUUACUAUGUCAACACGCAUAUGGCUCUGGCGGCCGAGUUACUAGGCCCGUCUGUCUUGGUCUCCUGGGAACUGUACCGGUUGCCCGACGAUGCCCCCUUUAGUUACGAGAUUGCGGUCACCUGGGCCAGUGCGGAGGCCCGUCAACGGGCCUUGGAGAGUGAUGCCGGUCAGACUCUAGCACGGGAUGUGGUCAACUUUAGCAGGAUGCCGCCGAUCGUGAUGUUACGACGCCCGUUGGCAUGUGGUGGUCCUUGA